AUGGAUAGCAGUGCAAUCAAUGCUGGUCUCAUGGAUCACUCUUUGCGUGAACAAUUGCUUGCAAGAGAACCAUUGCCGUCUGUGGAUGUUGCAUAUCAAACAAUUGUGAACUCAGAACGCCUGAAAAUUGGAGAUGGAGUUGUGACUACAGAGAUGCAAGAGAAUGUUAUGGCUUUUAAGAUUAUUGGAUAUCCAGAAUGGUGGGGAGACAGACCAAAGAAUGGAAGAGGAGGAAGAACUGGAGGAAGAGGACGUACUGGAAGAGGAGGUAGAGGACAAGGAGGAAAUCCUGUUCGUGCUCAUAACCUGCAUAUUUCGGCAGCAAAGGAGAGUGCUGGUGCUGGUACGUCAUCAGCUGAUGGAACGGGUCUAGUAGGAGUUACAGCAGCACAAGUUCAAGAGGUGAUGGAGUUUUUAAACUCAAGAAAGUCUGGUUCUCAUCUACAAGGACCGGUCUACGAGGAGGAUGAUUGGAGUGGCUGAGAGACAAGGUGGACUAUAUAUUUUCUGUGGUGUGCCGCAUGUUGAAGUUAUGGCUGUGCAUGAAGAUUCAUAUGAGUUGUGGCAUCAGCGUAUGGGACAUCCUUCAGAAAAAGUUUUGCAGAAAUUGCAAGGUGUGAGUAGAUUAAUUAAGAAGAAUAAUGAUGCUUGUGAUAUUUGUCCCCGGGCAAAGCAUCGUAGAAGCAGUUUUGCUAGUAG